CUUCAAACAAGUGAAAGUAAAACGAUUGAUCAGAAACAUGUUUUUAAAGUCAGCACCACCCUGUUUUCAAUGGAAAUAUUCGGUGAAUCUAGUAUUCCACAACGGAACAACAAAGAUCAUCAUGGGAAAACAUGUUGCCCGAGAAAUUAUGUUCCAAUUCCCGGACAUGAUGAUUUGUCCAGCCGAUUCUUUCUUCAUCAACAGUCCUGUACCUAUACUCUCCAUUGAUGAAUAUCUAAUCCCCGGCCAAACCUACUUCAUACUUCCCCUUAACCUCUUCUCCUCCUCCUCCCACCUGAUUUCCAUCUCUUCAAUUGUCGCCCUAGCCACAACUCCCAAUAAAGUUAUAACCUUUAACAAAAAUUCUUUCGAGUUGAUCAAGGGAUCAAAUGGGAGAGCUUUGAUUAAGCUGUCACCGGAGUUUCUAACCGGGGUUUUGAUCGGUGGUCGGAAAGGGAAAGCCGAUGAUGAUGAUGAUCAGAGAGGAGAAGAGCUUCUCCGGCUUUGCAGUACGCCGGAGUUGAAGAAGCUUUACGAGCAACUUGUGGGGAUUGGGAAACAGAGAAAUGUUUGGUUGCCAAAGCUUGAGACAAUAUCGGAGUACAAUAAUAAUAAUAAUAAUGUUAAGCAUUUUUCAGGGCGAUUAAGGUUGUUGGAAUGGAAGAAACAAAGAGAGUUGUUAAAGAACAUACACAAAUUCAAACUGAGCCUUCACCUUCUAAGCCGACUUACUCCAACACGGUUCGAGCUCAGCUGCAAGGGAAUAUAGGAUAGAAUUUAAGUCCUAGAUUAUACCAUACCUAGCU